AUGGAAGGCUUGACUCUAAAGCGACUAAGAAGAGAUUGCCCAGUUUGCGGUUUUGGGAGUAAGAAGAAAUCAAAGAAAUCGGCGACUUCAGCAAACUUACCAUCGAUUGAAAUUGGUUCAGAGGAGAAAGAUGAGGAGAAUUUUUCAAGAAAUUUCAACGAAUCAGACUCUGAUAAAGAUGAAGAACAAAAUGCUCUUAAAAAACUACCGUGGAAAGUGUCUGAUAAUAAUGAUGAUGAUGAUGAAAGCAUUGAAAAAAACGUCUUUUAUGAUUUAUUCGAAUUAGAAAUUGACGAACAUUAUGAGUUUGAUGAAAAAAAGGCAAGAGCCGUGUGGAAGAUGGUGGAACAAUGCACCAGCAGGCUGCUCGCUAUUAUCAUUGCGUAUACUCUCUACGGGACGGGAAGAGAGACGUUUGACCAUUUUCUCUGCGAAGAACUUGUAGAGCAGACAGUGAGAUUUUGGAGAAGACACAACAGAGAUUAUGGCGGUGACGAUUACCUAAAAGCAGUGAAAAGAUGGGAGGAAGGAGAACAGAGGAGAAUGAAAAGCAAUAUGGAAAAAAAUGAGGAAUCAUUGGAGACUGUGACACUGAGACCUGACAGUACCAACUCCGUUAGUCGUGUCCCCAAAAAGAACCUCCAUUUCAAAAUGCUAGAUGCACUGAUCAAGAAAGAUCGGCGCGAUACGACUAACGAAGAAUACUGGCUUUUGGAGAAGAUAAAAGGUUAUGGAAACUUUAAUUUGCAACGAGCGUGUCGAGCAUGGGAGAUCGUUAGCAAACUUGAUACAAAAUCUCAAAUAAUUAUUGGAGAAGUAUUCUACUUGACGGAAAGGGAAGAAGUGGGCAUCGAACUUAUGUUGGAGCUUGUCAAAAGGAUGUGGGAUUCGUUGGAAGAAUUUGGAACUCCUGUGGAUUGGCAGGACGCUUUUGUAAGAGAAAAUUUUCGCUCCUCAAUCCAAAAAUACUAA